AAUAGAAUGGAAUUUUACGCCCUUAAUAGAAUGGAACUUUACGCCCUUAAUAGAAUGGAACUUUACGCCCUUAAUAGAAUGGAACUUUACGCCCUUAAUAGAAUGGAACUUUACGCCCUUAAUAGAAUGGAAUUACUGUUCUGUACCUUCUAUAAUGAAAUGGAACUUUACACCCUUUCUUUUCAAAUGAAAUGA